UUACAUGGCUGAAAUGGAUUGAUGUCAGAGCCUUCGGUGAGAGUGGGUACAGACAUCGUCAGUAUUAUGCAGAAGAAAGGAAGCACAGAGUGAUUACAAUGUCAGCUGGACCACUGAAGAGACUGCGCUCCUCCUCCUCAUUGGACCUUCUUGAAGAUGGUGACUUAAUUCCUUGGACCUUUGUCAGUCCUCAGGCAGAGCAAUCUGAUAAUGAGACAUCUACAACGUACACCAAAGAGGGCUGGGCCAAUAAGAAAAGACAUGUGUAUAAAAAGAAGAAAGGAAAGGUUGAGGUGAAGUCUACAUCAGAAGCGUCUUCCACUGAAUGGACUGAUGAAGAAGAAUACAGUCUUUGUCAAGUUGUGGCCAUCAGUUUGAAAAAUGCAUCAGGCAGUCAGGGGAAACCCGCUACGGACAACAACCGCCAAGAAAACCAAUCUACCCCCCAUUCACCACAUAAUUGGGAAGCUCUACUUGCCAAAAAUAUGACAAGAGAACUACAGAGUCUGAACAUAUCGGGGGUACUGGCAGAGUGUUUCAUACCCACACACGGACACACCGAUAUUGUAACAAGAGUUAAGUCGAGUGCUUUCCGGCGUAGAUUUCUUGGUUUCUUACGCGCCAAAGAUGAACAAAAUAAACGUCUUUUAGCCGGUAUGGAACCUGAAGAGCAAGAAGUCAUUUCUGGUGAAGUUGGUUCAUCUGAUAAUUCCGGAGAUGAUUUUCAGGAUGAGGAAAAACAGGAGUUACAGAACUCGUCAUCAACACUCAGAAAAUGUCUCUGGGCGAAUAAAAGUAACAAAAAGCUCAAACGAGAAAAACAGUCACAAAGUGGAGAAUCAAAACUAAUUGUAACUGAGGAAACUGACCCUAACUUUGCAGACGGACAUAAAAAGCGCAUCAGUGAAUGCAUUACUGGGCAUCCUGCGAAGAAAACGGUUUUGCAUCAAGAUGACAGCAGCUCAAAGGGUGACGGACAUGUCAGUGAUAAACAUAAAGCAACUAAAAGAAUCUCAACGAGACUCAAGAAGAAACAGCAACAACAAUCAACUGAUGCAGACACUGACAGCGAUAAGGUCAACUCGUCACACUUCUCACCAAAUCUUGCAGAUGAUGAGUCGCAUCAAAGUGCUGAGUUUAUCAAAAAAGGGCGGGAAUUCAGAAAUGAAAGACGGAAUGAACAACAGGAAACAGUAGACUCUGAUUCGCUGAUACCGGUUCAAGAAGGGUCAAGAACAGGCAUGAAGAGAAAUGCAAGGACUGUUCAGCAGGCGAAUGGCAAAUCAGUCUCCCAAAAACUGUCCAUGCCUGAUGACUGUGGAAAAAUGAAAAAGAGUGUACGGACUGGAAAACAGCAAAGAUCUACUAAAUUUAACAAGGCUCUAAAACAGCCAGUGAAGACAAACAGUGUACCGCAGGUAGACAGACAUGAACUCCAUACCAGGAAUGCCCCAAUCCUAGCUGCCAUAUCACCAUCGGUCAGACAUUCACAAGCAAAUGCCAAGGAGAAUGAGAAGAGGAGUUUCAAGGCAUUCAGAAAGAAGCUUCUUGACAAGACCCUUGAGGUUCAGCUCAAUGGUCCUAUGUUGACAUCCACUUUCAAACCUCAAGGGAGUAAUGAGAAAACUAAGGUCUGUGAGGGGCUUGACUCAUAUUUGAUGCUGCAGAAAGUUCAGCAGAAUCGCAAGAACAUUCUUGAUGCUUGUCUGAUGGUGCAGAGAGACACUACCUGAUGACCAAAGUGAUGUUUUCCUUUCCUAUUACAAUGCAGGCCUGAUUCUUUACUGAGGCAAGGAAGGCGAUUGCCUCCAUGCCCCCUGGUCAUUGCCUUGGUGCCCUUAAAAUGCUACAAUAGAAAUUUACAAUUUC